AUGGCAGCGGUCAGCAGAUACAGCUCUUACAAUUGCUUGACAGGAUGGGACAGCUACGACAGAAUUCCAAGAGUGCGAGUGGAAUAUUACGUGAACGAAAAUACAUUCAAAGAAAGACUGCAACUAUAUUUUAUAAAGAAUCAACGUUCGAGUUUACGGAUUAGGAUAGUUAAUCUAUUUUUCAAGCUUUUAGCUUGCUUUCUGUACAUUUUACGCGUUUGUACCGACGGAGAUCCUAUUUCCGCUAGUUGUUAUGGGUGUAGACCCGGAAAUAAAACCGAAUUUGAAUACUCUGCCAAUCUCACUGAAGAAGAAUUUCAAGAACACCCUAUCAUUAAUUGGGACGGAAUAGUAUGGGUAAACCGACCACUCUACCUAUGGGGUGUCCAGGUAGUUCUCGCAAUGAUUUCUUUGGCAGAAGCGAUUUUACUCGUAUACCUCGGCUACAAGGGCAACAUCUGGCAACAGGUGUUAUCAUUUCACUUUAUAUUGGAAAUGGUUAACACAGUUCCGUUCGCACUAACUGUACCAUUCCCGCCUCUUCGUAACUUAUUUAUACCCGUAUUUUUAAAUUGCUGGCUUGCCAAGAGAUCACUUGAAAACAUGUUUAAUGAUUUGCACCGUGCUAUGCAGAAGUCACAAUCGGCAUUAUCCCAACAACUUAUGAUAUUAUGUGUAACGUUGCUAUGUCUAGUUUUUACUAGUGUUUGCGGAAUUCAACAUUUCCAACGUGCUGGACAUCGCCACUUGAAUUUAUUUCAAGCGACAUAUUUUGUUGUCGUUACGUUUUCAACCGUGGGCUAUGGAGACUUCGUGCCUGAUAUCUGGCCUUCUCAACUCUUCAUGGUCAUAAUGAUUGGGGUUGCCCUCGUCGUUUUGCCCACACAGUUUGAACAAUUGGCAUUUACGUGGAUGGAAAGACAAAAACUAGGAGGCUCGUAUUCGUCGCAUAGAGCACAAUCUGAGAAACAUGUUGUUGUCUGUUCGACAACUCUUCAUGCGGACACUAUCAUGGACUUCCUUAAUGAAUUUUAUGCACACCCAUUACUACAAGAUUAUUAUGUUGUUCUACUGUCGCCAAUGGAACUUGACACCACCAUGAGGAUGAUUUUGCAGGUUCCAAUAUGGGCCCAAAGAGUUAUUUACAUCCAAGGCUCAUGUCUGAAGGACACUGAUCUAAUACGUGCGCGUAUGAAUGAGGCAGAGGCUUGCUUUAUACUAGCUGCCAGAAAUUACGCUGAUAAAACAGCCGCUGACGAGCAUACAAUUUUAAGAUCUUGGGCCGUAAAAGAUUUUGCGCCCGAUGUUCCUCAAUACGUGCAGAUUUUUCGACCAGAGAAUAAAUUACAUGUAAAAUUUGCAGAAUUUGUAGUAUGCGAAGAUGAAUUUAAAUAUGCCCUGCUCGCCAACAACUGCACCUGCCCCGGAGCUUCUACCCUUGUCACCUUAUUACUUCAUACUAGCCGCGGACAAGAAGGACAGCAAUCUCCCGAAGAAUGGCACCGUCUAUAUGGAAAAUGUUCGGGAAACGAAAUUUAUCAUAUCGUCCUCGGCGAUAGUCGAUUCUUUGGGGAAUAUGAAGGAAAAAGUUUUACUUAUGCCAGUUUCCAUUCACAUAGGAAGUAUGGAGUAGCUCUAGUUGGUGUUCGACCAGCCGAGUUACCUGAAUUUUAUGAGGAGACCAUUCUUCUAAAUCCUGGCCCACGACACAUUAUGAAAAGCAGUGACACCUGCUAUUAUAUGAGCAUUACUAAAGAAGAAAACUCAGCCUUCGUAGUCUCUGAUAAACAGACUGAAAGCAAGUCCAACGCAAUACCUAAAGAUCAUACGACAUGUAGCCUUCUUAGUAACGAGAAGAAACCCAUGGAUGCUGAGGACGGCUCCGGACAGCAAAAAAGACCAGACGGUACUAACGUGGCUCAGUACGACCUCCCACAAGUGGUUCUACAAGCUCCCCCGAGUUCCACGCCAAAUGCAUCGCCAUCACGCAUCAACCAAGCUAAUACUGUUUCAUCCGCUAAUUUAAUUGUCGCUGGCUCAAAACUGGGGGAGGGAGCUUCUACAUCGGCUUCCGAGUCAAGAACUUGCCUCAAAGAAUCACCAGCCACGGAUAGUGCCACCGAUAGCCACCUCUUACUGCCACGACCUGAUAAUACCAACUUUUUAAGCCCUGACUCUCUGAGCUGCCGACGAGGCAGUAGGCGGCCGUCGAUUCUGCCGGUGCCGGACAUGGUAACCAGUAGCUUGAAUAUAGCUUCAGAUAAUCAAGAUGACGAAGUUGAAGCUGAUGAGAGUGAAGAUGAACUAGAGGAUGAUGUGCCAUGGCGUUCUCCUUCCGAGAAGAUCGCUGACGAUGCUACCACAAGCUCGCUCUCUUCGUUAGCUGGCAGUGAAACGCGCUCUGCCUGGCGCAACGACUUCACCAGAAUAGUGAAAGGGUUCCCUCCAGUUUCACCUUUCAUCGGCGUGAGUCCUACCCUUUGCUAUUUAUUAAAGGAGAAGAAACCACUUUGCUGUCUUCAGCUGGCGCAAGUUUGCGAACAUUGCGCAUACCGCAACGCAAAAGAAUAUCAAUGGCAAAACAAGACUAUUAUUCUCGCUGCAGAUUAUGCCUCUAAUGGCAUUUAUAACUUUAUUAUUCCCCUGCGCGCACAUUUCAGGUCUAAGACAUCACUUAAUCCAAUUAUUCUCUUAUUAGAGCGUCGACCUGACAUAGCCUUCCUUGAUUCGAUUUCAUACUUCCCACUCAUUUACUGGAUGCUUGGUUCUAUUGAUUGCUUAGAUGAUCUUCUAAGAGCUGGAAUAACUCUUGCUGAAAACGUGGUUGUUGUAAACAAAGAGCUAUCUAACUCAGCCGAAGAGGAUAGCCUGUCCGACUGUAACACCAUUGUAGCAGUUCAGACUAUGUUCAAGUUCUUUCCAUCAAUUAAAUCCAUAACGGAAUUGUCUCAGUCGUCAAAUAUGCGGUUCAUGCAAUUCAGAGCUCACGACAAGUACGCGUUGCAUCUGUCGAAGAUGGAAAAGCGAGAGAAAGAGCGAGGCUCUCACAUAUCCUAUAUGUUUCGGCUCCCCUUCGCCGCUGGCUCCGUGUUUUCCGCGUCCAUGUUGGACACUUUGCUCUACCAAGCUUUCGUAAAAGAUUACGUCAUUACAUUUGUGAGAUUAUUACUGGGCGUAGAUCAAGCUCCGGGCUCAGGAUUCUUAACAUCUAUGAAAAUAACUAAAGAGGACAUGUGGAUCCGCACUUAUGGCCGUUUAUAUCAAAAGUUGUGUUCAACAACAUGCGAAAUCCCCAUAGGGAUUUAUCGCACCCAGGACACGAGCCUGGCUGAUCAAGCGCACCACGCAGCUGGGGAGGCUGGGGAGAGCCGAGAUGGUGGGUCCCAGCGCGCAUGGAGGGCGCGCCAGCGAAGAGGGACUACGGGAUGCCUCAGUGGCUGCUACGGCGACCGUACUCCUGCGUAUUCAACAAGCUUGGCCGACGAAGCCAGAGAUAAUCACGCACAACAAAUUGAAAGAGCAGAAAUUGCGAAUCUCGUGCGAUCUCGAAUGGAAUCAUUAAAUUUAACCGGUGUUGACUAUGACGAUGUCAGUGAGAAGCGAAACAGUUUAUCAUACGUUAUAAUAAACCCAAGUUGCGAUCUUAAUUUACAGGAAGGCGAUAUCAUAUAUUUGGUGCGUCCUUCACCGUUCUCUGCGCAAAAAACCUUUGAAAGGCACAACAGCCGGCGAAAGUCAAACAUCAGCUUCUGCUCCGGCGCUCUGAUCCAGGCGGCGGCGGCCGGCAGUCGCCGCGGCUCCGCGCUUGGGGGACUCUCCAGCCUCUCGCCUCGUGCUCCGCCCCUUACUUCCACAAAGGGACUCGGGACGGGUGCAACUUCUCGCCGCCGCAAGAGUAGUCUCGAGGAGAUCGGCAUUUCGCACUUUAACUCGCUGCUGCAACAUCAGCAGCAGCAGCAGCAGCAGAAUGCGAAUGCAAUUAAGAUCGCUCUAAACGGCAGUAUCGGAUUGGAGGUGACGCCGCCGGACGAGGGCCCAGCGGACCGGCUGGCAGCGCUGGGCGGCUACCAGGACCUGGCCGCCGCGCUGCCUUCCACGUCAGCGACUGGCCUGCCGCCGCCCUCGCCCGACCCGCAGCAUCUCCAGGGGACGAUCGUA